GGAAACGUGUUCCGAACCAGGAAGUAAGGAUCGCUGCGCCCGUGGGAGAGAGCUUCGUGAGCAAAGCAGGGUUUGAACUUAGGCUAGGAGGGCGUCUCUGUCAUGUUCAUGUUGUGAUUUCGGUCCUCGAUCCGAUGUUGGGCCUUUCAGCGCAAUGACGAAGUGGCGGCGUCCGGCUGCGCGCUGCGCGCUCCCUUCGCCGCGAUUCCUGCCGCGGCUCCUGCUGCUCCUCCUCCCCCUCAUCUCAGAAUGCCUGCAGCUGAAUGUAAAUGCUGGAGCAGAUACAACAGUGAUUGUCAGCACACCGCUGGCAGAGUCUCCGUGCAUGGUUUGCCUCGUUCAGGACGGUGUUGCUCCAGAGGCCAACUGCUCGCUUUCUCUAACCGUAAAACCUGGUGAGAAUGCCACCCUGCUCUUCAACUGUUCUGAACCAAGAGCCAUUGCUGUGGAAAUCCACAAAAAAGUCGAGUGUACUGCAGCCACCUGCAGCCCAGCCAUUGCUCCAACCUUAACCUCCCUCUUCAAGGACUUCAACAAGACCUUCAUAUGGGAUUUGUCCAGCCUCCCAGAGACCACUUUGGGCUUAGAUUUUUCUGGGGCUGGGCUGAGAGGUGUCGGGCCAUCCGAAACCUGUGCGGAUGGGUAUAGGUACAUGAUUUCCAGCACCCAGGCCCGAGGAGAGGCUUACUGCAGACAAGGCCCCCUGACCUACCUGGACCUGCCCAGCCAGGCUACUGUCUCGCUGCAAGUCCCAUAUGGGAAAGAAUUGGACUCUGCUGUGUUCAGUGUUGUGACCAAACCCUCGCCCAAAAAGGGUCGUGUCAUAAACAUCACCCCCGAGACCAACGCCACUAUCAUACUGAGAAAAGAGGACCAGAGUUCUAGCUGCACCGCGUGUAGCAGCAAAAACUCCAAGCCUCCCUGCCCCUCACCGCUGAUCCUAAAGGGCACAACUGUGGAGUUCAGCUGCCCCCAGCCACAGGCAGUCUUCAGUGUAGAGAUCAACAAGAACAUUGAUUGCUCAGCCACCUCUUGUCAGGGGAACAUCGUGCAGUCGGAGCCCACCUUCUUUUCAGAAUUCAACCGGUCAUUCACCUGGGACAUUAAAGCUGUGGCCACCAAAGGGUUCCAGGUGGAUUUCCCAGAUCCAGGGAUGCGGCAGAUUUCUCCCCCAGAGACCUGUCCGGACCAGUACACCUACACCCUGACUGUCUACCAGCGCAGUGGCCCUGCUGUCAUCGGGGUGUUCUGUUGGGGUGGGCCUAUCCGCAAGGUCAAGAUGCUGUACAGAGGCCGCCUGACUCUACAGGUGCCUGGACUUAGAGCGGUGGAUCCAUCUGUGUUCAAUAUCUCUAUUGGACCAAGUAUCAAAACUCUUGCAGGAGUCUUUGUGGAGCUGCCAAAUGGACAGUCGACAACGGACCUCUUUUCGCCAAACUACCCCUAUGGUUUCCCAGACGACGACCUGAUGGCCUGGAACAUUUCGGUGCCGCCCAGACACAAUUACACGGUCAAGUUUGUGAAGUACACUGAACCCCAAUGCCUGAAGAAGAACACCGAGGUGGAGUAUGACUGGAGGCUACAGAGGUCUGCUGUUGCCAUGAGUCUGUCAGACCCCCAGCCCAGCCAGAGGCAAGGCAGCUUCCAGAUGUUCCUCAGGAACUGUGAGACAGAUCGGAGCAAAGAUGCCCCAGUGCUGUCCCUCAACUUCCAGGUGUUGGUGACCAGGAGCAGCCUGCCUGUUCUGUGUCCUGUCGACCUUCCAAAAGAGGAGGGUCUUACCCUUUUCAUUAAGAAGCAAGACCCCACUUCCCUGUGUGAAAUGAAAAUGGACUCUGUUAUCCAGGAGGAGAUCACUUUGCGCCCAGGAGUGAAGAGCAGCCUGUCCUUCCAGGACUGUAGGAGUGAUGAGCUCAUGCUCACUGGCAGCAAGACCAUAGAAUGCCUGCAGUGGGACAAGUGUCCAGUAGAUGGGACUCUACUGAGCAUCCCCACCCUGGCAUCGUGCCUUCCUACUGUUCUUCGCAACAUCACUUGGAACCUAUGGUCCCAGGACAAUACUAUCGUGGAGCUGCUGGCUCCAACUGGAGGCCUCCAGCAGUUGUUGGAUGGACAGGAGUGCCCCAGCAAUCUGUCACUGGCCAUUAUGGAGGGUGGGGGGGUUUACUUUGGCAGCUUCUGCUCUGGUGGGCCUCUCAGCAAGGUUCAAGUUCAUGGGAAUAUCUCCAUCACUGCCACACCCAUGGGGACCCUGGGCCUCAGCUGGACAAAGGAGCCCUUCCUCAAUGUCACUUUCAACAAAGGCAAAAAAAGUGCAGAAGCGUAUGUGUUGACUGUUUUCCCUGGGACGGACUCCCCAGCUCUGCUGGCCACACCCAGCUGGCCCCAGGGAAUGCUGCCCAAUUCCACAGUGUCCUGGGUGGUUUUGCUGCCUCCACAGCAGCAGGCCGAGUUGCUGCUCACCAGCAAGAGCCAGCCCAGGUGUGCCGCAGGAAGCUCCAGCGUCGUGGUGCAGGCCCUGGGCUCCUCAAAGCCAAUGCUGAGGCGUGGCGAGGGCGAGUUGGCGCAGGUGGAGCGGGUGACUGCCUCUGAAAGCUUCUAUGUCAACGUAUCCAACUGCAUGCCUAAACAGGGUGCCCUCAGCAUGCUCACCAAGAUAACGGUGCAGAGGAAAAGCAAUCCACUGCUGAGCAUUAUCCUGGGGGCUGUGGGCGCUUUGCUGCUCCUGCUAUUUGCUGUGUUGGUCGUCGUAUGUGUGGUGACAAGAAAGAAGAAGGGCAAGAAACGGGUGUCCAUCUACAACCCCAAUGGGAACGUGUUUGUGCCAGGAAUCUCCCAGUUUCCCAAGACACGGGAGAACAAUGAGUCCCACGUGUAUGCCUCUAUCGAUGAAACCCUAAUCUAUGGGCACCUGCUCAAGAAAACUGAGCAGGACAAGGACCAGGAUACCUUCCGGAGCCCCCAGACGGAUGUGUACCGAACCUUCACUGGACCCAUGGAGGGCGAGUCCAUCAUCAGAGAGAAGACCCCGGAGCCCGAGGUGGACGGUUCCCGAUCCUUGUUGGAGCCAGUGCCCACCAUGGUAAUAGGUCGGCCCCGCACUCCCAUUGAGCGCCAGGAAAGCUACAGCUACACAGACCCUCGCAUGGUGGACAAUGAGCUGUACACGUUCAAGAGCAAUGGGGACCUUGGUGUACGUUUCCUCACCCUCAAAGAGAAGGAGCCAGAAGGAGAACAACAACCACAACAGGAGGAUGAUGAGUUUGAUGAUUUGUCUGAAUGAUCGCACUCCAUUUUUGCUUCACUGAAGACCUCUUACCAACCUCUCCCCCCAUCCCCCCCGUGCUCUGUACUACUAAAGAUGCAUCACGGCAGAAGCCACUUUCAAAUAUUUUUAAGCACCAAACCACUACCAGCCUACCAUCAUGAUGAAUCGAGUGGUUGUGUUUUGCAUAAACUCAAAGAAAACUCAUUAAAGUAGAGCUCAGGCUCUUUAGUAGAGCUCAACCUGUCUGUUUCACUGUUUCUCAUAUUGAUGUAAUUCAUGAGACUUUAAAAGUUUGUAAACAGUUUUUUUUAAGUUGGUCAUUUUAACAUGAAUUUGAUCUUUUGUGCUUCCCUGCUACAUCUCAUUAAAACGUUUUAAUAAACCUAA